AUGGCCGACUCCUCAAACAGUCCCUCGGCAACGAAUGACAGGUCGCAGACCGUGUCACCGACUCGCGAACAGCUUCUCGCCACAGCUCACGAAAUCCCUACUCUGGAGGUCGAUGAUGUAGCCAGCGUUGAUGGGACGAUCUCAAGUAUCGAAGAUCAAAUCUCCACCUACACAGCAUCUUUAACUUCCAGUGCCAUAGACUAUCCCACAGAGUACGGCCGACGGUAUCAUGCAUUCCGUGCGGGAUCAUACAUGGGCCCCAACGAUGAGCUAGAAAUGGACCGCCUUGACUUUCACCAUACCUAUAUGGUGAAGAUCAUUGGAAAGAAGCUUUUCUUGGCUCCAGUUCCACCUGAAACGACAUAUCGAGUCCUUGACAUUGGCACUGGCACUGGAAUCUGGGCCAUCGAGGCAGCAGAUGUCCUUCCCAAUGCAGAAAUCUUAGGAAACGAUUUGAGCGCAAUCCAGCCAUCUUGGGUUCCGCCAAACGUCAAGUUCGAAGUCGACGAUGUCGAGAGCCCCUGGAUCAACGAGCAGAAGUUCGACUUCAUAUUUUGUCGAUACAUGGCCGGAUCUAUCGUCGACUGGCCCAAACUCAUGAAACAAGUCUACGCGAAUCUCAAGCCCGGCGGCUGGGUCGAAUUCCAAGACUACGACAUCAACUUUGUCUCGGAAGAUAGAACCCUGACUGAAGAGCACCAUGCCCACAGAUGGGGUAAACUCCUGAUUGAUGCCCUCAGGAAAAUUGGUCGUGAUCCUUGUAUCGGGCCGCUACUCGAGGGUUGGGUUAAAGACACUGGAUUCGUCAAUGUCGUCCAUCAAAAGUUCAAGAUGCCCAUCGGACCAUGGGCCAAAGACCCUUAUUAUAAAGAGAUUGGAAUGAUGAACCUCAUUCAGAUGUUGGACGGGUUGGAGGCGUUUAGUUUGAGGACCUUCUGCGGCGUUCAUGGAUGGACGAGAGAGGAGGUCCUGGUGCUGCUAUCCCAGGUGCGCAAGGAGCUCAAAACAGGAAGUUUCCACGCCCACACGGCCAUCCAUGUGGUUUAUGCACAAAAGCCUGGAGGAGAGGAAGAUACCCUAUAA